AUGGAAAAUCGGAACCAGACAUUUGUGACCAUGUUUUUCCUUCGAGGUCUCGCUGCUUACCCGAUCUUUUACUGUGUUUUCUCUCUUUCGUCUCUUAUCAUGUAUAUUGUAAUUCUUCUGGGCAACAGUUUCCUCAUUACGGUCAUCAUCCUGGACUCUCACCUCCACACCCCCAUGUACUUCUUCCUCAGUAACCUCUCCUUCCUGGAUAUCUGCUACACAUCUUCGUCUGUUCCAUUAAUACUUGUGAACUUCCUUUCAAAUGAAAAAUCCAUUUCCUUUGUGGGAUGUGGAACACAAAUGUUCUUCUCUCUUGCCUUGGGAUCUACAGAGUGUGUGCUCCUCACUGUCAUGUCAUAUGACCGGUAUGUGGCCAUUUGUAGGCCCUUGAGAUACCCCAUCAUCAUGAACAAGGAGCUUUGUGGAUGGAUGGCAGCCAGUUCCUGGAUGACAGGUGUGCUAAAUUCACUGGUGCAAAUAAUUCUUGCUCUGGGUUUGCCCUUCUGUGGAAACAAUGUCAUUGAUUAUCUCACAUGUGAGAUCCUGGCUGUGCUGAAACUGGCAUGUACAGAUAUCUCCCUCAAUGUAAUCAUUAUGGUGAUAUCAAAUGUCAUCUUAUUAGUUAUUCCAGUGUUGCUAAUAGUAAUCUCUUAUGCCUUCAUCCUCUUUACAAUUCUGAGGAUCAAUUCUGCAGAGGGAAGGAAAAAAGCCUUUUCCACCUGUUCAGCACAUCUGACUGUGGUGACGAUGUUUUAUGGGACCAUCCUCUUCAUGUAUAUGAAGCCCAAGUCCAAAGACUCUCAUGCAACAGACGAGCUCAUUGCUCUCUUCUAUGCUGUGGUCAUUCCAAUGCUGAAUCCCAUCAUUUACAGCCUGAGGAACAAGGAUGUGAAAGCAGCUGUGACAAAGCUCGGCAAAAAAAUCUUCUCACAGACAACAUGA